CUGAGGGCCGCCUGCACUGGACGCCACACGCCGGAGACACCAGGGCGAAGGGCGGAAAGGACAAGGCGGGCUGGGGCGAGCUGCCGGUGGCUGUGCUCCACCGCAUCCUGUCGUACGCGCAGCUCGCCGUGCCGCUCGACCUGACGCUCCAGACGUACUACGGCCACGACCAGCGCGCACGCGAGGUUGCGCUCGCACUGGUCCGGAGGAUAUGGUUCUGCCGCAUGCGGAUGGUCUGCACUGGGUGGCGCAACGCGGUCGACUCGCAUUCCUUCUGGCCAGAAUUCACUCUGCUGCUAGACCCCUCUAGACACCACUCGUCGGCCGUAUCCGACAUACAGUCUGCUCGCCUGGCACCUUCCACCCCGUCGGUCCCCACUCUCUUCCACCGCGCAAGGUCCAGCACGCUCUCCGCCUGCCUCGCAUGCCGUCUCAACCACCCUUCACGGCUGGGGUACUACCCUGCCGUCCGAAAACGUCUGACCUUUACGUCGAAAUUCGCUCUGGCGCCGACAUGCGAGAAGCACGCCAACAACUUCUGCUCAGGUUGCAUGCGCGAGAAUGAGCCUCAAGCUGGUCGUGUCGGGGCCCUCGUAGAAGGCGGGACACCAUCGCCGGGCGAACUCGCUGUCCCCUCGCUUAUGUUAUCGCAAUGCAACCACGGAGACGUGGACGAAAACGGCGUGGAGCGUUUCCCCCGAUCGUUAGUCUGCCCCGACUGCCGCAAAGCGGCGAUAUGGAAUGAAAUCCGACUAAUACUCCAUGAGUGCGCUCGUGGAGGCCGGAUGAGGGGUGAGCGGAGCCUGUGGCUGUACAAUGAAAAAGUCAAGGAUUAUAUCGAUUUCAACGUCGGUACAGCGUUCGAGAUGGGCUACGCAGCGGUGGAAGAGCAGUGGUUGAUUGAUCAUACUCGUUGGGUAGAGCUGUCCGAGACAGCUUUGCAAUUACAAAACCACGAAAAGGCGCUCAAGCUCCAGUUUUUGAGGACGGCAGCGGAAGAGACACCGGCGCAAAAGCGAAUGAGAUUGGCCAGGGAAGCAGAAUUGAGGGGAGAAGAUCAAGUGGGCAAAGAGACGGAAGAAGAAGCGAUGGAGAUGGAAAUGCUAUACAGAAGCUGGUGGAAAGAGCUAGAGGAUGAUGACUUGAGCAGUGAUGAUGAGGAAGAAGAUGAAUUACUAAACGACAAAUUCCGAGGAAAACUCAAAGCAGGGUGUAUCAACGAUUUCAUCAGCGACCGCAUCCGUUACGCCUUUUGGGUAUCCCCCUCUGACGAAGUUUCCAAAAUCGUCACAGAUGAUCGUGACCGCCGCAUCGACAGAUCAAGCGUGAUCCAUACCAUGUUCCCCGAUAUUGCACUGAACAGCGCCCACCCCUUUUCAAGGUACAUUGAAUUCACAUUCGAGCCUGCCCAAGCUUGUGCAGAAGCAGCGGGUCUGAUAUCCCUCGUGCCCAACGAUCCAUCAUCAUCCCCGAUUUCAGAUGGCCGAUUUGACCCAUUCUUACCCCCCGACCGCCUCUUACGCGCACUAGAUAAAACGUUUGCAGAAAUGCUCUCCGCGAGGACGAGCACCGCAAUGGAGAAUAUCGUCAGUAUGGUACGAGAGUAUUGUGAUGACGAUGACGAUAAAGCGGAGGAAGUGUGUGAGAAUAUGAGGGUGGAGGAUAUUUUGGGGAGGUUGACGGCGUGGCAGAUGUGGGUGCCGAGAUCGCUGGCGGAUCAGAUGAAGCUCGCGGAGAUGCAAAAGGAGAUGGAGGCCGAAGGCGAGGUUGACUAUGAGGGUGAGGAAUCAGAGGAGGAUCUGGAGGGUACCAUUGAAGAAGUACCGACGUCAAGGUCAGGAUCCCCGAGGGUAGAACUGGUCGAGGGAGGAGAAGAGGAAGUGCACUUUACACCUGUGGAGGUCCCACCGUCUGAUGACUAUCAGCCCUCUCCUCCUUCUUCGUCUUCCCCGCCUCUUACGCUUACCCUUGGGAAACGCAAAUCGACUGAUGUUUUCCCGGAACCGACAGAUAAACGUGCUCGCCCAUCUACCUCUCCUAAUGAACGCGAGCGGAAACUCGAGCAACUUCCUCAGACCCCCCGGAAACAGAUAUUAUCGCAGGACGAUACUUCCGGUGGGUUGGCCGUGGAUACCAGCGCAUCUGCUGCCGUUGUGGCCUCUGACGGGGGAGGAGCCGGAGGCGGAGGAGGAUUGAAAAGAAAAGAACCGCCUUCUCCAGCGGUCAACCAUAUUGAUAAAGGACGAAAAGAAGUGACUCCCCCUCCAGGUCCCAAAUUCGAUUUGGCAGACGGUCAUGGUUAUUAUGGGGAUAAACGGACGAGAGUGACGGGAGAUUUGGUACAAGAAGCAAGUUCUGCGCCUGUAUCAUCAUUGCCUGGGAGCCCGACGCCCAUGAAGAAAAGAGUGGGAGGCGGAGGUGGAGGAGAAGAGGAGGAGGGAGGGGGAUUUGAAGUGGAUGUCGAAACGGAAGAAAUGUCACGGAGAGGGACGAGCGUAACGGAGACAGUGGGCACUGUACCGGUCACACCCGAAGAAGGGAUGAGCCUCGGUGGGGAGACUGUCAUAGAUCCCAAGCUGGUAAGCAUGGACCCUGAAGGGUCAGAUGUGGACGACCCACAAGCGCAAUCCGUUCAAACGAUUGACAACCCCCCGCUUGUCGAGCUUGUCACCCCUUCUCCUUCCCCUUCCCUCUCUACCUUCCCAGCCCGAUCCCGAUCCCCAUCAACCGUGUCUGCCGCGGAUUCCUACUCUUCAGGCUCCUCCUCAAUCCCGCUUGACGGCGAUGGGGACGGCGAUGGCACCCUCACCCCUCUCACGAGCGCCACCGCCCGUCUAGCCAGGUAUGUGCAACGCGCUCACGCCUCCACGCCAUUCAUCCCCUUACCCGUCUGCCGACUCUUACCUCAUCCCGAUCACCCAGCCCACCCGAACCAGGGUGGACAAGGCGUACAGCUUCCGGUAAACCUGGGAGAAGGAGCAAAUAGAGUGUUGCUAAAUACGUGGUACGAGGCAAGAGGGGAGUUGAGAGAAUGUAAAUGUAGGAUCUGUGAGAGGGCGAGGAGAAAGGCUUGGGAGUCGUUGGAGGCGAUGAGGCAGUUGGUCGCAAGCGGGGAAGUUACGUGGGAGACAUUGUUAUCGUAGCUGGACGAAUUUGACGAGUUGCUAUCCAUCGUUCCCGAUGAAAAAGGGAUUGGCGUUUAAGAUGAUACUGUUUCCGGGGGAUUUGUUGACGGUAGACGUCUUAUAAAAGUUGCAUAUUAAU